AUGGCCGAAACAACUGAGAGGUUAGAUCAAAUAGGUGGACAUGUGACUAGUUAUAUGCAGUCUGAAAUUGGAGAGAGCUCUGUUGGAACUGGGCCACAAGGGACUAUGUGUGCCAAGAAUAAUGUUAAAAAGAUUGAGAUGGAGAGUGAAAAGACACCUGCUCCUACAAAUUUGAAAGGUGAAAAUAGUGUUUAUGAUGAAAAUAUAUCAGAUGGAAGUAGCUGUUCUCAACUGGGUUGGAUGGAACUGCUAAGAAUUGCAUACAAUGUCACACACGAUAUCAUGAUAUUGUAUUAUGACAACCUGAAUAUUGCUACAAUGUCCAAAAAUCAUAGUCAGCACAGUUGGACUAAGUACUCUGUUUGCUGUCAACACUCUAUUAGAAAAUGUGUGAAAGAUAAAUUCAUAGUUCUAAAGCAUGAAAUACAAUCAGCUGACAACAAGAAACCAGCUAGCAUGUCUCCUAAUACUGCUGAGGAUAGUAUUGAUUUGGAGGAAGAGAGUUCAGAGGAAGAGGAUGACACUUUGGUUCACCAUGUAAAACCAAGUGCUGCUAGGAAAUUGAAGACUAGAAAAGGAAAAACUGUAGAUGAAAUGAUGACAGCCAGGACUAAGAAGAAGACUGCUGGUGUAGGACCCUCUAAAUCAUGGAUCAAGGUUGAGGUUAAGAAGAGAAAAGAAAAAGAUGGCGCUGCAAAAUGGAAGUUUGUCAUUCAGAGGAGGGUAGCGGUUGAAAGAGAACUGAGAAAAGAGGUUGUUGAGGUGAAGGAAGUCAUGGAUUUGAUCAAGAAUGUUGGAUUGAUGAAGAUUGUGGUUGCUCUGCCCUAA